AUGUCUCCCGCACUCACAAUCCCCUACGGCAAACGCCUAAUCCCACAGGUCCUGGACGAUUUGGCCAGGACCACACCGGACAAAGAGAUGUUCUCCAUGCCGCGGUCCGGCAAUGCCGAGGACGGGUGGAAGAAGUUGUCCUACGGGCAGGUGGCAGGCGCCGUGGACCGCGUGGCUGGCUACCUGUUGGAACAAAAGGAAGAUAUCCUGUCGAGGUGCGCAAGCAGCAACAGCGACGGCAACAUCCAGACCAACGGCCCCGGCGACUCGAGAGCACAAGACCAGUUCCCGACGCUCGCAUACCUCGGCCAAAGCGACGCCCGGUACAUCAUCUUCGCCGUGGCCUGCGUCAAGGCCGGCAUGAAGGCGCUCUUCAUCUCGCCGCGAAACCCAAAGGAGGCCCAGCUGAACCUCUUUAAUAAGACCAACUGCAAUGUAAUAUUCUACGACCAAGAAUACGAGGACACGGUGCAGCUGUGGCUGGACGAGCGCCCCACCAUGAAGGGCGUCAGGGCACAAUCGGUAGAGGAGUGGAUAGACGGCUGGGGGGAAGGUAAAGGCAAGAAGCCGCCGCACGUACCGUACACAAAGACGUUCGAGGAGGCGGAAUAUGACUCCUUCAUGGUCAUGCACACCAGCGGCAGCACCGGGUUCCCUAAGCCCGUCUUUGUGCGCGUCGGCAUGCUGGCAGUGGCCGACUCCUUCCACAACGCGCAGGAAUUCAUGGGGAGCCCCACGAUCUUCAACGUGUCCAUGUCGGCCCGCCGAAUGUUCAACCCGAUGCCGCUGUUCCACGCCGCUGGGUUGUACGUAAGCAUGCUGAGGGCCAUCUACUUUGCCCUCCCCGUGGUGCUUGGCAUCACUUCGCGGCCCGUGACGCCGCAGUCUGUCAUCGAUGCUGUUCACUAUUCCGACUUCGACAUGGCCAUACUCCCACCCGCUAUCCUGGAAGAGAUGGCCUACAUCCCCGAGGCGGUCGACGCGCUCCGCCGACUCGACUACGUCCUCUUUGGCGGCGGGCCCCUGAACCCCGAGGCCGGCGACCGGCUCUCGGUGCGUGAGGGCAUCAGGCUGCUUAACAUGAUCGGCUACACCGAGGCGGCGCCGCUGACCUACCACUUGCAAAGGGACCCCAAGCUCUGGCAGUGGUACAUUGUAGACUCGGAGAGCAUGGGGAACAAGUGGGUUCCGUUCGGGGACCCGACCGACGAGGGCGAGGUGUAUGAGCACAUCAUCAAGCGCAAGGACAAGAACGACCCUCCAGGAUCCCAGGGCAUCUUCUACACGUUCCCGGACCUGCAAGAGUACCGAACCAAGGACCUGUACAUUAAGCACCCGACGCUUCCGAACCACUGGAAGUACCACGGCCGCGCCGACGAUGUCAUCGUCUUCUCCAACGGCGAGAAGCUCAACCCCGUCUCCAUCGAGGAGAUCGUCGCCAGUCACCCAGACAUCAGGUCCGCCCUGGUUGUCGGCGCCGGCAGGUUCCAACCCGCCCUGAUCGUCGAGCCAGUGUCGCCCGAGCUCUCACCCAAGAACGAUGAGGAGGCCGACAGGUUCAUCGAGCGUAUCUGGCCGGUCGUCGAGCAGGCCAACCGCGUGUCGGUCGCCCACGGCCGCAUCGCCAAGGAACUGAUCAUGGUCGCGAGCCCGCACAAGCCCUUCCCCCGGGCCGGCAAGGGCACGGUGCAGCGCCCCGGGGCCGUGAAGCUCUACAAGAUUGAGACGGAUGCGCUGUACGAAAAGGCCGGCAAGGAGACGGACGGUGCAGCCGACUCCAUCCCCAUCGACGUCUCCUCCAAGGCUAAGCUGGCCGAGUCCAUUCGAGACCUGUUCGAGCAGCUCGGUGAGAUGAACAACAAGGGCAAGAAGCUCGCACUGGACAGGGACUUUUUCACGGCAGGCGUCGACUCCCUGCAGGUCCUCAAUGCGGUGCGCAUGAUCGGCCGCGGUUUUCAGGCCGCUGGUUUGCCCAAGCCGAACCCGUCGGUCCUCGCCCCGCGCUUCAUCUACGCCCACCCAACCGCGGAGAAGUUAGCGUCGUAUCUCUUUGACUCGGUCAUCCACGGGCAAGAGAACGGCCACGCCAACGGCCACACAAACGGCCACACAAACGGCAGCGGCCCAUCCCAUGAUAUCGAAGUCAUGAAGGCACAGAUUGAAAAAUACACGAGAGGUCUGCCGACCGACCCAACCCUGCAGAAAAACAAACCCGCGCCGGCCACGAACGACCAGACUGUCAUCCUCACGGGUUCGACCGGCGCGCUGGGAUCCUACAUGCUCGACAUACUGCAGUCGUCCCCCUCCGUGAGCAAGAUCAUCUGCCUGAACCGAGGCGACGACAGCGCAGCCCGGCAGAAAAAGGCCAACACCGAGCGCGGGCUGGCGACCUCGUUCCCCAAGGUCGAGUUUUACAACGCGGACCUGUCCCGGCCCGACCUGGGGCUGGACGCAGAUGUCUACAACAGACUGCUGCAAAAGGUCGACCGCAUCGUGCACAACGCCUGGCCCGUCAACUUCAACAUGUCUAUCGAGACUUUUGAGCCGCACGUGGCUUCGGCGCGCAAUUUUGUCGACUUCUGCCUCAAGGCCGCCAAGAACAUCCACGUCGUCUUUGUCAGCUCCGUCGGCACGGCGGACCAGUGGAAGGGGCCCGGGCCGUUCCCGGAGCGCCGCGUCGACGACCUGACUCUCCCCUCGGGAGGCUACGGGCGCUCCAAGCUGGUCAGCUCCCUGAUCUUGGAUGAAGCCAGGGAGCGCAGCGGCGUGUCGUCGGCUGUGGUUCGCGUGGGCCAAAUCGCCGGUCCGAGGGGGGAGAAGGGCGUCUGGAACAGGCAGGAGUGGCUUCCGUCCAUCGUGGCCAGCUCGCUAGUUCUCGGUGCGCUGCCCGCGAGCCUGGGCCCUAUGGACGAUGUCAACUGGACGCCCACUGAGGACAUGGCCAAGUUGAUCUUGGAAGUCGCUGCCAUUCUCCCCGCCCGCGAGGGCUGGAAGCAUGAGAACACGGCAUACUUCCACGGCGUCAACCCGCGAAGCAGCAAGUGGAGCGAGCUGGCACCGCACGUCCGUGACUUUUAUGCUGGUCGGAUCAAAGAAAUCGUGCCCAUAGAGAAGUGGGUUGAGCUGCUGGAGCAGAGCGCCAGCGACACCAAAAACAUUGAAAAGAACCCGGCAGUCAAGCUGUUGGAUUUCUACCAAGGCCUACUCCAAAGCCAUCGUCUCAACUUUGACAUGAAGCGCACUUGCGAGCUCAGCCCGACCAUGGCUAAUCUGGAGCCCGUGACCCCAGAAUUGAUGAAGAACUGGUGCAGGCAGUGGGAAUUUUAA